AUUCCAUUUCGGUGUCGGCCAUUUGUCCUUCCUUUUAACACCUUCUCUCUACCCACCAAUUCCCCCGGCCAAUUUCACAAUUGUAGAUCCGAUUUCGCGUUCCGAAUCGGAUUCGGGUCAAACAAAAAUGUCUUCAUCACGUCGGCUCCGAGAUCUCCAAGCCCAACCCGGCAACAAGAUCUGCGUUGAUUGUAAUCAAAAGAAUCCUCAAUGGGCAUCCGUUUCGUAUGGUGUCUUCAUGUGCUUGGAAUGCUCUGGUAAGCACCGUGGCCUUGGAGUCCAUAUCUCAUUUGUCCGAUCCGUUACCAUGGAUUCCUGGUCCGAAAUCCAGAUCCGUAAAAUGGAGCUCGGUGGUAACGAAAAUUUCAAUAAAUUCGUUUUCCAAUACGGUAUUCCAAAGGAAACCGAUAUUGUUACUAAAUACAAUACUAAAGCUGCUUCGAUUUACCGUGAUAGGAUUCAAUCCCUUGCUGAGGGUAAACCCUGGAGGGACCCACCUGUUGUUAAGGAAACCCUAAAAGUGGGACCCACAACUAGUAGAAAUGGUGGUUGGGAUAGUUGGGAUAAUGAUUGUAGUAGUAAAGAUAUGAGGAGGAAUAACACAGUUGGGGAUUUUAGAAGUGGUGGUAGUAGUGGUGGUGCACCGUCUAGGUCGAGGUCGACUGCGGAUAUAUCCAAGGAGCAGUAUGAGGCGUCGGCUGCGAAUAAAGAUAACUUUUUCGCGAGGAAAAUGGCCGAGAAUGAGUCGAGGCCGGAUGGGUUACCGCCAUCUCAAGGAGGGAAGUAUGUGGGGUUUGGAUCAACUCCUGCACCAAUGCCGGCUAGGAAUAUCGGGAAUCAGCAAGGGGAUGUUCUUUCAGCUGUUACUCAGGGAUUUGGCAGGUUAUCUAUGAUAGCUGCCACAGCAGCACAAUCAGCUGCAAGUGUGGUUCAAGUGGGGACAAAGGAGUUGACUUCUAAGGUGAAAGAAGGUGGAUAUGAUACCAAGGUUAAUGAAACAGUCAAUGUUGUCACGGCAAAAACAAGUGAGAUUGGACAAAAGAGUUGGGGUAUCAUGAAAGGAGUCUUGGCUAUGGCUUCGCAGAAGGUAGAGGAAUAUGCCAAGGACAGUCCAACCUGGAAGAAUGAUAGCUGGCAACGAGGUGAAAGCGAAAAGAACGGCUAUUAUCAGGAGUUUAAUCAGGAUUGGAAUGCUUCUGGAGGAGCCCCGUCCUCUGGGAGGAAUAAUUCUGUCAGCUCUUCGUCGUGGGAUGAUUGGGACAAUGAAGACAAAAGCAAAGUAAAUUCUACAAAAGGUGCAGCAGCGUCCAACAAGAACGAUGAUUGGGCUGGAUGGGACGACGGUCAGGAUGAUGGAUUUGAUAAUCACUAUCAGAGUGCCUCCAACAAUAAACUUGCUGGGAAAUCAGAUCAAAUGGACCGAUGGAGGUUUCCUCUGACGGCGGUGCAUGCUACAACUUCUCAGUAAUUUUUUGCCCUUCCAGAUUGGAUUUUCUCCAUGUCUUAUUGGAAAGGAUUUGUGUCUGAAUAUAGUUGAUAUUUGUACCAUUGUCAGCAGGUUGGGUUAAUUGCUCCUCCUGUAAAAGAAGAAAGCAAAAGCAAACAUAAUUAGACUGUUGUUGAGGACCAUUAUUCGGAGCUAAAAACAUUUAGUUUACAUUUGGAUUUGUAAACCAUUUUUGUAAUUCUAUUUUAUUCCUGUUUCUGUCCUAUAUAUUGGAGAUGUUUCGCUUGUUA